AUGGCUGACAAUUUUGUUCAACCGGCAAUUCCUCGCUUUGACGGCCACUAUGAUCAUUGGAGCAUGUUGAUGGAAAAUUUUUUGAGAUCCAAGGAGUACUGGCAAGUUGUCUCUGAAGGAAUUACUGAACCAGCAAUCGGCGCAGCAGUGACAGAUGGACAAAGAGUGGAGCUAGAAGCACAACGGUUGAAAGAUCUCAAGGCAAAGAAUUAUCUUUUCCAAGCUAUUGAUCGCACAAUCUUGGAGACUAUUCUUUGCAAGGACACUUCCAAGCAUAUUUGGGAGUCUAUGAAGAGAAAAUAUCAAGGCUCUACAAAGGCAAAGAGGCAGCAGCUUCAAUCACUUCAUACGGAGUUCGAAACACUUGGAAUGAAGACGAGAGAAUCGGUGUCAGAUUAUCUCACUCGGACAAUGGCAAUUGUGAACAAGAUGCGGAUCCACGGUGACAAGAUGGAGGACGUGACCGUAGUUGAAAAAAUACUACGAACGAUGACGCCAAAAUUUAAUUAUAUUGUUUAUUGUAUAGAAGAAGCUGAUAAUAUUGAUGAACUUUUGGUUGAUGAAUUGCAAGGUUCUUUGUUAGUUCAUGAUCACAAACUCAACCAAUGGGAGAAGGAGAAGGAAGAGUAA